AUGAGCGACGAAGCAGCAGGUGUGGAUACUUUGGGAGCUGUAGCCACGGACCUGCACACAGGUGGCUCAGCUUACCCUGGCCAGCAUACCGUGACUGGCUGGGAUCCCACAAAAGCGGUCGAACAAAAACAAAACAGAGUGACAACGAUCACCAUUAGCACAUGGAAUGUGCGCAAGCUACUGGACAACAUCAAGGCAGACAGACCGGAGAGAAGAACAGCACUUGUCGCCAGAGAGCUCACACGCUACAACAUUGACAUUGCAGCUGUUAGCGAAACUCGCCUUGCUAAUGAAGGACGGCUGUCCGAGUCAGGUGGAGGCUAUACAUUCUUCUGGAAUGGCCGCAGCAGUGAUGAGCGUCGCGAAUCUGCAGUUGGCUUCACCAUGAAGAAUCAUCUUGUUCGGAAACUUACCAGUCCCCCCAAGGGUGUGAAUGACCGACUCAUGACAAUGCAGCUUCCGCUUCAAAAAGGAAAACAAGCUACUUUGAUCAGCGCAUAUGCUCCCACAAUGACCAACCCAGAGGAUGUGAAGGAUAAAUUCUACGAAGAACUAGAUGCUCUGCUAUCAUCAGUGCACCGCACAGACAAGCUGAUUCUGCUUGGCGAUUUUAACACAAGAGUCGGAUGCGAUGCUGCAGUCUGGGAAGGAGUCAUUGGGGAAAAUGGAGUGGGAAAGUGUAACAGCAAUGGCCUGUUACUACUGAAAACUUGUGCAGCACAUGACCUUCUGAUCAUCAAUACGGUCUUCCACCUCCUUACCCAUAACAGGACUUCGUGGAUACAUCCCCGUUCCAAGCACUGGCAUCUGAUCGACUAUGUCAUCAUCAGGAGAAGGGACAGACAAGAUGUCAGGGUUACGAAACCUACGUGCGGCGCUGACUGUUGGACGGAUCACAAGCUCAUAGUAUCCAAAAUGAAGCUCUGUAUCAUGCCGAAGAGACGACCACAAGGCUGUAAGGCUCUCAAAAGGAACAACGUGUUGAAGCUGAAGAACAGCUGCAUGACUGAAAAUCUAGCGGAAGACCUAGAGAAUGAGCUUGCUGAUCUUCGUAUUGAGGAUGACGCAGGGAAAGACUGGGAGCGAUUAUGCAACACGGUCCAUACAGCUGCAUCGAAGGUAUUGGGACCCUCCACACGCAGGUGGCAAGACUGGUUUGAAAAAAAGGAUGCAGAAAUCCAGGCCUUACUUGCUGAGAAGCACUGCCUGCAUCAUGCAUAUCAAAACGAUCCAUCCUCAGCGGCAAAGAAGACCGCCUUUAUCAAAGCUUGCAGAACAGUACAGAACCGACUGCACAAAAUGAGGGACUUGUGGCUGAGCGCCAAAGGAUCCAUUCCACAGGAAUUUGGAGAAGAGUCCAUAGUGCACCUCUAUAAGAAGAAGGGCAAUCGCCAAGUAUGCGACAAUCACCGUGGAAUCUCGCUGCUCUCUACAGCGGAGAAAGUUCUUGCAUGGGUUCUGUUGAAUCCAUUGAUCACUCACCUGGAGCAGGGCUUACUGCCAGAAUCAUGGUGCGGCUUUCGCAAGGGAUGUGGGACUAUUGACAUGAUCUUCUCUGUGCGUCAGUUACAGGAGAAAUGUCAAGAACAGAAUCGUGAACUUUACAUAACUUUUGUGGACCUCACGAAAGCAUUUUACUCUGUCAGUCGCCAGGGCCUGUGGAGGAUCAUGUCAAAACUCGGCUGUCUAGACAGAUUCAUACGAACGGUAUGUCAAUUUCAUCACGGUAUGAUGGCUCGUGUCCUUGAUGACGGUGAAACAUCUGAGGUCUUCCCAGUCACCAAUGAUGUCAAGCAAGGGUGUGUUUUAGCACCCACUUUGUUCAGCAUGAUAUUCUCUGCCACUCUGACUGAUGCCUUUCAACACUGCACUGAAGGAGUAGGCCUGAAGUACAGAACUGACGGGAAACUAUUCAAUCUGAGGCGACUGUGUGCCAUCACCAAGGUGAAGGAAACUGUACUUCGAGACUUUCCCUUUGCCGAUGAUUGUGCUGUGAAUGCUAGUGCAGAGCCAGAAAUGCAAGCCAGUGCAGUGGACCACUUCAUGUACCUGGGCAGUACCCUUUCUCGAGCAGUGUCAAUCGAUGAUGAAGUAAACUGCCGAAUCGCUAAAGCCAGCUCUGCAUUUGGCCAAUUGCACUCCAAUGUCUGGGAACGUCGAGGGAUCAGCCUACCAAUGAAGCUGAACGUCUACCGAGCAGCGGUGCUUCCAACUCUGCUUUACGCUUGCGAGACGUGGACUGUCUAUCGGAGUCAUGCACGAAGGCUCAAUCACUUGCACAUUUCCUGUCUGCGAAAACUUCUAAAAAUCAGAUGGCAGGACAAAGUGCCCGAUACUGAAGUCCUUACCAGAGCCAGUCUGCCGUCAGUUCACACACUGCUGAUGGGAGCCCAGAUCAGAUGGGCUGGACAUGUCGUGAGAAUGUCAGAUGAGCGCAUUCCUAAACAGUUCUUCUACGGAGAACUCACCCAGGGAAAGCGCUCCCAUGGAGGACAAAAGAAGCGGUUUAAGGACAUG